UAUAACUAUAACGACAUGGUAAUAUCAAACAGUGUCCACUAGGCGAGUGUCGAACUUACUGCAAAAUUGUGCUAACCAAAAGAUCGCGAGUAUGCCUUCACACUUUGAGAUGUGGAGUGUUGUGCUCUUUCUCUGUGCAUCAUACGCCAUGGUGGUGCAUUCCCUUACACUGGAUCAAGGUAGUUCUUACGGCCUGCAGAAUGUAAUUAGCAAGGAUUCACUGGUUCUCACACUGGAUGACAUCGUACUGCGACCAGGUAUCUCGGGCCCUGCAGAGGUUAUCUUGGAAUUAAAUUUCACAAAUUCGCAAAAGAAGUUACUACUUGGUAUUCAAAGAAAUCCGAAUGAAGCUGUCCUGGAACUGGUGAAGGAUGAAGAUAGAAAUCGUAUCGAACGAUACAAAAUUCCCAAGUUGGAGAAGGAAUACAUAAAUACUCUAGUUCUGGCUAUUCAUCAGAAUCAACCUAGUGCACAUAUCGAUUUUUAUGUUAACUGCACAUACCUAGGAAAGUUUUACACCCCUCUUUCCUUAAGGGAAAUACUUAAAAACGAGAAGCGUUCCAAACUGCAAGUUUACCGCACGAAAAACUGCAAUCUGGCAAUUCACGAUGGGGACGAACUGGGAAACAUCCUGAGCCGAGAGAUUUGCCAAGGAUCCGCUCCGAUGGGGUUAAUUUUGGAAAGUCAGGACCCGCCUGUUGAAGAAAUGAGUAUCGGAGAACUUCAAGCUGAAGAUGCCAAUCGUACACCGUUUCCCGGACAUUACUCGAAGGAGAGUACCGUCCUGGACGUGCUCAAUGAUCUGCUGAAAGCUGUGAACACGCUGAGCGUUCAAGUACGCAAUCAGCACUAUUCCAUCAACAAACUUCAGGAGUUCAUAGAAAAUUGUAAAUGUUGCGCUCCAGAACACUUCGAAAAGAAGACUUGCCGCAAAGAUCCACCUUCAUGUUUCCUAGGAGUUGAGUGUAUAGACACUGAUAAUGGACCGACCUGUGGCCAUUGUCCUUACGGUUAUAUGGGAAACGGCUACGAAUGUAUUAGGGUGCGUACUUGUAGAGACAAUCCAUGCUUCCUGGGGGUUACGUGCGAUGACACCGAGUUUGGUUACAAAUGUGGAGCCUGCCCAGUUGGGUACGAGGGUGAUGGUGAACGCUGCGCUUUGAUCAAUGGUUGCCUUUCAAACCCUUGCUUUGGAGCUCUAGACUGUGUCCCGACACAAUCAUAUCCAUAUUACCAAUGCGCGGCGUGUCCUGCAGGAUAUCAAGGUAACGGAACGCACUGCUAUGACAUCAACGAGUGCGAAUUGGGUACUCCGUGCUAUCCAGGUGUGAAGUGUACAAACCUGGAACCGGGAUACAGGUGCGGGUUUUGCCCAACGGGUUACCAUGGUGACGCUGUAAGUGGAGCUGGAUUGGAGAAUGCAAUCACCAAUAAGCAGCAGUGUUAUGAUGUCAACGAGUGCGAUUUAGGAAUACAUAGUUGCGUCGCCAACUCUGAAUGCCACAACACGAUAGGCUCCUACGGUUGUGGUGCCUGUGUUAGAGGUUACGUCGGCAAUCAAACCGUGGGUUGUAAAUUAAAUGCCGUAUUCUGCUUUGAUGGGUCAAUGUGCAAUGUCAAUGCGGAUUGCUAUUAUAUUGGUCUGGGAAAAUUCGGGUGUCGGUGUAAGAUUGGAUUUGCAGGAAAUGGGAUACUUUGCGCGCCGGAUCGCGAUUUAGACGGCUGGCCCGAUUAUAAGCUGGAUUGUAUUGACAUUAGAUGCAGAAAGGAUAAUUGUCCAGGGAAACCAAAUUCCGGCCAAGAGGAUGCAGAUGGAGACGGCGUUGGUGAUGCUUGCGACCAUGACGCCGAUAACGAUGGCGUGCCAAACCUGAAGGACAAUUGUCCUUUGAUCGCAAAUUCCGAUCAAGCCGAUACAGAUAUAGGCGCGCCUGAUCGAAUUGGGGAUGCCUGUGAUAACUGUCCAACCAUACAGAAUUUCGAUCAGUCUGAUAUAGACCGAGAUGGUAUUGGUGACGCUUGUGACGAUGACAUGGACGGUGAUGGAAUUAUUAACAGCCAAGAUAACUGCCCUAGAGAUGCAAAUCCUAAUCAAAGAGAUGUAGACGGUGAUGGUAUAGGUGACGCUUGUGAUAAUUGCCCGUUUAGAAGUAACAGAGACCAGUCCGACGUCGACAGCGAUUUAGUAGGGGAUGUGUGCGACACGGACAAGGACAAGGACGCGGAUGGCAUCAACGACGACCAAGACAAUUGCCCCAUAACACCUAAUAGUAAUCAACUCGACACCGAUAAGGAUGGCAAGGGAGACGCUUGCGAUCCUGACAUCGACGGCGACGGAAUUUUAAACGACAACGACAACUGCCCUCUCAUAGCAAAUCCAGGCCAAGAAGACCUAAAUCGUAAUGGAGUCGGAGAUGUAUGUGAAAAUAACGCAGAUGGCGACGAACGAGAAGACCAGUUUGAUAACUGUCCGAAUAAUUCAAUGAUAUUUUCAACCGACUUCACCAAAUUCCAAACUGUUGCACUAGAUCCUGUGGGUGAUGCCCAAAUUGAUCCCAACUGGGUCAUAUUUAAUAAAGGCGCCGAAAUUGUGCAAACUCUGAAUAGCGACCCUGGCUUAGCUAUCGGCCAUCACAGUUUUGGAGGUGUCGAUUUCGAAGGAACAUUUUACAUUGACACCAAUAGGGAUGACGAUUACGUAGGAUUUGUAUUCGGAUAUCAGAGUAGCAAGCGAUUCUACACGGUCAUGUGGAAGAAACGUGCGCAGACUUAUUGGAGACCAACACCUUUCCGUGCGGUUGCCGAUCCCGGUAUACAAUUAAAGUUGGUCAACUCCGUCACCGGUCCAGGACAACUGCUACGAAAUGCGUUGUGGCACACUGGCGACACAGAAAACCAAGUAACUUUACUUUGGAAAGAUCCCAAAGACGUCGGAUGGAAAGACAGGACAUCGUAUCGGUGGAGCUUAUUGCACAGACCGCAAAUUGGGUUGAUUAGAUUGCGAAUAUUCGCUGGCAGAGAAAUGGUUGCCGAUUCCAAAAACGUGUUUGACAAAACCAUACAAGGUGGAAGACUUGGGGUGUUCUGUUUCUCUCAAAAAAUGGUGAUAUGGUCGGAUCUAGUCUAUAGGUGUAAUGAUCAAGUUCCACCUUCCAUUUACCGCGAACUUACACCCGAUCUGCAGAAGAUGGUCCAUGUAAGUCAUACUAGAUAACCAAAACUACUGGUUGAUCGUUUUGUUGAUAUUACCUUACCAUGAAUGUAGAAUGUUGUAGAAAUAAUAAUUAGAUAGAUAUUAACUGUUAGUAUUAGUUUGUUAUACAAUUCUUAUAGAUUUAAAUAUUAGCAAAGUAUUAUGAUGGUUUUUCUAUUGAAUGUAUAUUUUAGUGUGUAAAAUAGAGCAAUUUUAUA